UCAUAACUUGAAAGUUUUCUCCCAAGAAAAAGACACCAAAUAGUAAGUGGGUAACCUCGAAGCUAGUUCAAACUAGUGGGAGGUUGUUCCACGUUCUAAGUUCACAUCCAAAUCCGAAUUUAAUCACAAAUUGAAACGUUAAAUCGUCAGAUAGAGAUGGCUCGUGGAAAGAUUCAACUGAAGAGGAUCGAGAACCCGGUUCACAGACAAGUGACGUUUUGCAAGAGGAGAACCGGUCUUCUCAAAAAGGCUAAGGAGCUCUCUGUGCUCUGCGACGCCGAGGUCGGUGUAGUGAUCUUCUCUCCACAGGGCAAGCUCUUUGAGCUCGCUACUAAAGGAACAAUGGAGGGGAUGAUUGAUAAGUACAUGAAGUGUACUGGUGGUGGUCGUGGUUCUUCUUCUGCUAUUUUUACUGCUCAAGAACAACUUCAACCCCCAAAUCUUGAUCCGAAAGAUGAGGUCAAUGUGCUGAAGCAAGAGAUUGAUAUGCUUCAGAAAGGAAUAAGGUAUAUGUUUGGAGGAGGAGAAGGGGCGAUGAAUCUUGAAGAACUUCUUUUGCUUGAGAAGCAUCUUGAGUAUUGGAUUUCUCACAUUCGCUCAGCUAAGAUGGAGAUUAUGCUUCAAGAAAUUCAGUCUUUGAGGAACAAGGAAGGGGUUCUCAAAAAUGCCAAUAAGUAUCUCCUCGGAAAGAUAGAGGAGACCAACAAUAGCAUAUUAGAUGCUAACUUCGCAACUGUGGAGACUAACAACUAUUCUUAUCCGCUAACCAUGCCGAGUGAAAUAUUUCAGUUCUAGACCUAUGGAUAUUUGAAGACUGUGUCUUACGAAUUCAAAUAAUCUUGGUAAGUAUAAUUAGUGCUGUUAAAUCACACAGAAGUAUAAUAAAG